AUGCGUCUCUCUAACCUAAUUGCUUCUGCCUCUCUUUUAUCUGCUGCUACUCUUGCUGCUCCCGCUAACCACGAACACAAGGACAAGCGUGCUGUGGUCACUACCACUGUUCAAAAACAAACCACUAUCAUUGUUAAUGGUGCCGCUUCAACUCCAGUUGCUGCUUUGGAAGAAAAUGCUGUUGUCAACUCCGCUCCAGCUGCCGCUACCAGUACAACAUCGUCUGCUGCUUCUGUAGCUACCGCUGCUGCUUCCUCUUCUGAGAACAACUCACAAGUUUCUGCUGCCGCAUCUCCAGCCUCCAGCUCUGCUGCUACAUCUACUCAAUCUUCCUCUUCCUCCCAAGCUUCUUCCUCUAGUUCUUCCGGCGAAGACGUCAGCAGCUUUGCCUCUGGUGUCAGAGGUAUCACUUAUACCCCAUACGAGUCCAGCGGUGCUUGUAAAUCCGCUUCGGAAGUUGCUUCCGAUUUAGCUCAAUUGACUGACUUCCCAGUCAUUAGAUUGUACGGUACCGACUGUAACCAAGUUGAAAAUGUUUUCAAGGCUAAGGCUUCGAACCAAAAAGUCUUUUUAGGUAUUUACUACGUUGACCAAAUCCAAGACGGUGUCAACACCAUCAAGUCUGCUGUUGAAUCUUACGGUUCUUGGGACGAUGUCACCACUGUUUCCAUUGGUAACGAAUUGGUUAACGGUAACCAAGCUACCCCAUCCCAAGUCGGUCAAUACAUUGACUCUGGUAGAUCUGCCUUGAAGGCUGCCGGUUACACUGGUCCAGUUGUUUCUGUUGAUACUUUUAUUGCUGUGAUCAACAACCCUGAAUUGUGUGACUACUCCGACUACAUGGCUGUUAAUGCCCAUGCUUACUUUGACAAGAACACAGUUGCCCAAGACUCCGGUAAAUGGUUACUAGAACAAAUCCAAAGAGUCUGGACUGCUUGUGAUGGUAAGAAGAAUGUUGUUAUCACUGAGUCUGGUUGGCCAUCAAAGGGUGAGACUUACGGUGUUGCUGUUCCAUCUAAGGAAAAUCAAAAGGACGCUGUUUCCGCCAUUACCAGCUCCUGUGGUGCUGAUACCUUCUUAUUCACUGCCUUCAACGACUACUGGAAGGCCGACGGUGCUUACGGUGUUGAAAAAUACUGGGGUAUUCUAUCCAAUGAAUAA